GGUAAUUCCAGGCACCCGGCCGAGGGCUUGGGCAGUCCAACCUGUGGUAAACCCUUCCCCUUCUUCCCCAAAACCUAGGGCUUAUGAAAUUCUAAUUCUCGCAGAAGAGGAAGAGAUCCAAGGGGAGGGAGCCAUGGCUUACCGGAAGCGACCCGCCGACGACGACCACCCUCUCUCCGAUCCCAGCAAGCGCCCCCACGCCCGCUCUCCCCCCGCAGUCGCCCGGGCCCCCGCCGACGACCCUCACCGGAGGCGGAAGACCUUUCCCUCCUACCUCGACGUCCCCGAACUGCCCACGAAGAUCCGCCUCCUCUGCGAGAUCAUUGCCAACACCCACCCCGCCUCUGCCGUGGAGCGCGCCCUCGACGACGCCGGCGUCCGCGUCUCGGCCACCGAAGUCGAGGAGGUCCUCAAGCUCUCCUACUCCCUCCCCGGCCCCACCGUCGCCUUCUUCCGGUGGGCCGGCUCCCGCCACCUCGCCCAUCAACACAGCGCCUACUCCUGGAACCUCGUUGUCGAUAUCCUUGGCAAGAACGAGCUCUUCGAUGCCAUGUGGGACGCCGUCCGCUCAAUGCGCUCUGAGCGCCUCGUCUCCGUCGCCACCUUCGCCUCCGUCUUCUCCUCCCUCACCGCCGCCGGCCGGCCGGAGGACGCCCUCACCGCCUUCCAAUCCAUGGACCUCUACGGCCUCCCCCGCAGCACGGCUGCCCUAAACUCCCUCCUCGUCGCCGUAUGUCUCGAGGGCCGCAUCGCCACCGCCCGUACCUUCCUCGCCGCCGCUGCCCCUGUUACAGCCCCUGACACCGACACCUUCGCCAUCCUCCUCGAGGGCUGCGAGAAGGAGGCCGACCCGCGCACUGCCCGCGAGGUGUUUGCUGACAUGAUUGCAACCAUCGGCUGGGACCCAGCCAACGUCCCAGCAUAUGACGCCUUCCUCACCACCCUUGUUCGCUCCGGCCCAGUUGGGCUCGCCGAGGUCUUCAAGUUCCUAGACAUCAUGCAGAAAAAUCGGUGCUUUCCAGGGUUUAAGUUCUUCCGGGAUGCUCUCGAGUGUUUUGUCAAGAAUAACGAUGCCUGUGGGGCGUGUCUGCUCUGGGAUUUGCUUGCAGGCCGCCAUGGAUGCUUCCCUGACACGGCUAUGUACAAUUCAAUGAUCACCCUGCACUGCUACCUCAACCAGAUCGAUAAUGCCCAUCGGUUCUUUGAUGAGAUGAUUACAUAUGGGGCAUUCCCCAACUCACAGACCUACAACGUGAUGCUCCAAUUCUUUUUGAAAGUGAGGAAGCUAAAGGAAGCUACUGCCAUAUUUAAUGAGAUGGUUAAGAACGAGUUUUGCCCAACUGCAGCUAAUUGUGCUUCAGCCAUUAGAAUAUUCCUGGAUUCUAAGGACUGGGAGAUGGCAGUGAAGGUUUGGAAGUGUAUGGUUGCCAAUGACUUGCAGCCACUGGAGAAGAGUGGGAACAUGCUGGUUGAAAAGUUGCGGGACAUGGAUAGGCUCCCAGAAGCUUGUAAAUAUGCAGAGGAUAUCAUUGAUCGAGGCAUUAAGCUGAACUCAUCAACUCUCUCGAAGCUGAGGCAGAGCCUACAGAAAGUGGGUAAGGGAAGUAUUCAUGAUCAUCUCCUCAAGAAAUGGAAAUCUCAUUAGAAGCCAAAAUUUAUCGGCUUACACCACUUGAAUGAUAUUUAUUUGCACUAUUUGUUUUAAUUUUUGCCUUUUAUAACUUUAGAGCGUUCCAUGUAAAAUGUGCUGAAACAUAACAAUGUACCUUCUUUCUCAUCAUAGAAUGUUUUGGAAGAUUACCCUAAUAUCCUAACCUUAUUGACAUGGGAUUUACAGGGAA